GGGAUUCAAUCUCCCUAAUUCUAUCUCUCUCUAUCUCGUAUAUAUCCCUAAUUGCCAGCUUAAUUAAUUACAGAGAAAGUUCAAUUCAUCAAGGAGAGCAGCCACAAUGGUUCGGACGAUGUUGCGUGUCGUCUUCGUCCUCUUGAUGACAAUCGAAGUAGUCCUAGCACUGGUAAAGCUGCCCCCUAACGAGACAGUGCCGGCAGUGAUUGUGUUUGGGGACUCCAUUGUGGAUGCAGGGAACAACAAUCAGCUCAGGACGCUCGUCAAGUGCAACUUCGCACCUUACGGGAUUCGUUUCAAAGGCGGGACUCCCACCGGACGGUUUUGCGAUGGCAAAAUCCCGUCCGAUCUUAUAGCCGCAGAAUUGGGCAUAAAGGAUAUCGUCCCGGCAUAUCUAGAUCCGAAUCUGAAGAAGGAAGAUCUCGCCACGGGAGUAACCUUCGCUUCCGGGGGCACGGGAUACGACCCCUUGACCUCCAAAAUAGUGUCCGUGCUAUCAUUAACAGAUCAACUAGAACUUUUCAAGCAGUACAUUGGGAACCUGACUGCAUUCGUCGGAGAGAAGAAGGCAAACACGAUAUUAGGCCAGACCCUGUACCUAGUUGUAGCCGGGAGCGAUGACAUUGCGAAUACGUACUUCACAGCUCGUUUCAGGAAAUUCCAGUACGAUGUGUCCGGCUAUGCCGGCUUAAUGGUCGAAUCUGCUUCAAGCUUCUUGAAGGAGCUCUAUGCACUCGGGGCACGGAGGAUUGCAGUGUUCAGUGCACCACCGAUUGGGUGCGUGCCGGCACAGCGGACAUUGGCAGGGGGAACAAUUCGAGGCUGCGCGGAGGAUUACAAUGACGCCGCUCGGACGUUCAACGCCAUGCUCUCCUCCAAGCUUGACUCCCUCAACAAACAGCUGCCCCACAGCAAGAUGGUCUACAUCGAUGUCUACAAGCCGCUUCUUGAUCUCAUUAUGAAUCCAAUGGAUCACGGCUUCGCUUAUGCGGACAAGGGGUGCUGUGGCACGGGCAAUAUUGAGGUGGCAAUACUGUGUAACAAAUUGGAGCCGUACACGUGUACAGAUUUGUCCGAUUAUUUGUUCUUCGACAGCUACCACCCAACCGAGAAGGCAUACAAGACACUGAUCACUCCCCUCAUCAGGAAAUAUUUGAAUAAGUUUUUCUAAUUGUUUUGUUUAACCGUGCAAUAAUGAAAACCCGAGAUCAAUCGAUCAUUCGAUAUAAGUUAUGAUUUUGGGAUACUGUCGAUAUUGCUAGAAGAUGCAGUUGCAAAAAGAAAGGAUUCAAAUUGUCAUAUCGAGGAACUUAUGAUGUAUUAACUUAUGGGCACUUUUUUUUUCUUUUGUUACAUAGAGAGGUCUAUAAACUUAAUUACAACAGUCUCUUUUUUUUUCGGAUA